AUGAAAAUGAUACCGAAGAGACCUUGCUCAAAUGCAUCGAAGCGUUUCAGGUGCAACGGCGUUUUGGAAGGUGUCCGAAUCUGUCGCCAAGGCUAUCCAAAUCGUCUUCCAUUUGACGAAUUCAUCAACAGAUAUAAACUUCUCUCAUCAGGUGGUCAGUUUGAAGCAGACUCUGAAGGUGCUUCUCAGCUGUGUCGCAUUUUGAAACUUGAUCCAGCGCGUGCACAAAUCGGAACCACUAAAGUGUUCUGUAAAGUUGGAGUUAUAUCACAGCUGGAAAGUCGUCGUCGUGCCCAGCUGAGUGCUAUCGUUUGUGGCAUUCAAGCAACCAUUCGGUGGUACAAUGAGCAACUGCGAUUUAGCGAAAAACUAAAAGAAAGAAAUGCAACACUCACCAUACAAAGGAACGUAAGAACAUACGUGGAACUAUCCACAUGGAAGUGGUAUCGUUUAUACGGUCAUAUCAAGGAAAUGAUUCCAAUGAAUAAGGACCGAGAACGACUUGAAGAACUCGAAAACGAGAACGAACAAUUGCUACAUGUAGGAAAUUUUGUUAUUCUGAAAGCCUAA